CAUCAUCAUAAGGAGGAGUGAACCUGCUUAAGAAACACAACGCCAUUUUCAUCGUCUACAUCCCCAGACACACUAAAAUCAGCGUUUUCCUAAACUCUACUGUCACACAUUAUCAUUGUGUGAUUAUUAAUCGUUUAUUUGUACGCUACACUGCGCUUUGUGUCGCUGCAGCUCCUUGAAUCGGAACUUCCGCCGUUGCGCUCCGGAAGACACGCGCACUCAACCGGUCAGACUGUCCGAUCUCAAUCCCAAAUCAUCACGAUCGCACACAAAACAUUACAUUGACUCUACUUGUGGUGGUGGGACACGGAGAAACACACCCUGUUACGGUAGUGGGUGACCUGGAUGUUCCGCAGAACGGAUGCGUGAGGACAUGUCGAGCGUGCUUUGUGUGAAGGAGACAGAGGGUCAAGGGGACCCUGGCGACAAGCUAUCUCAGGAUGAGCUGCUGUGUCGGACCCGGGAUGUCAUUCAGGGGCUGGAGGCGUUGCGUGUGGAGCAUCAGUCCAUCCUGGAUGGGCUUAUGGGUACCCUGCGCUGCCUCAAACAGAAUCAAGAGGGUCGUGCUGUGGAAGAGAAAACGACUAUGAUCCAACGCUCACUAGAGAUGCUGGAACUCGGUCUUAGUGAGGCACAGGUGAUGAUGGCUCUCUCAGGGCACCUGAGCGCAGUAGAAGCAGAGAAACAGAAGCUUCGAGCGCAGGUGAGGAGACUCUGUCAGGAGAACCAGUGGCUGAGGGACGAGCUGGCAGGGACCCAGCAGCGGCUGCAGAAGAGCGAGCAGAGCGUCGCCCAACUGGAGGAGGAGAAGAAACAUCUGGAGUUCAUGAACCAGCUUAAGAAAUAUGAUCAGGACCUCAGCCCAUCUGAUGAUAAAGACAUUGAUUCUAGCAGGGAGACACUGGAUGAUCUUUUCCCCGAUGAGCAGGAUGAGCCAGGACCUGGCAUCCAGCCUCCACACAGCAGUGCAGUAGCAGCGGCCCAGCAGGGUGGGUACGAGAUCCCCGCUCGUCUCAGGACCCUCCAUAAUCUGGUGAUCCAGUAUGCCUCACAGGGCCGCUAUGAGGUCGCGGUGCCUCUCUGCAAACAGGCUCUAGAAGAUCUGGAGAAGACCUCUGGACAUGACCAUCCUGAUGUAGCCACCAUGCUCAACAUCCUCGCCCUUGUUUACAGGGACCAGAAUAAAUACAAAGAGGCGGCAAACCUCCUCAAUGAUGCUCUGUCCAUCAGAGAGAAGACACUGGGCAGAGACCACCCUGCGGUGGCUGCCACUCUGAACAACCUGGCUGUUCUUUAUGGCAAGCGAGGGAAGUACAAAGAAGCAGAGCCUCUUUGUAAAAGGGCCCUGGAGAUACGAGAGAAGGUGCUAGGAAAGGACCACCCUGAUGUUGCAAAGCAGCUGAAUAAUCUGGCCCUGCUGUGUCAGAAUCAAGGCAAGUAUGAAGAGGUGGAAUACUAUUAUCAGAGAGCACUGGACAUCUACCAGACCAAACUGGGACCAGAUGACCCCAACGUGGCCAAGACCAAAAACAACCUGGCAUCAUGUUAUCUGAAGCAGGGGAAAUUUAAACAGGCAGAGACCCUAUAUAAAGAGAUUCUCACCAGAGCCCAUGAGAGGGAGUUUGGCUCUGUAGAUGAUGAGAACAAACCCAUCUGGAUGCAUGCAGAGGAGAGAGAAGAGCAGAGCAAGGGCAAACCGAAGGAUGGCUCUCCUUUCGGAGAAUAUGGUGGCUGGUACAAGGCCUGUAAAGUAGACAGCCCCACUGUGACAACCACACUGAAGAAUCUUGGAGCUCUGUACAGGCGACAGGGAAAGUUUGAGGCUGCUGAGACUUUGGAGGAAGCAGCUCUGAGAUCCAGAAAACAGGGUCUGGACACCGCACAUAAGCAGCGGGUGGCGGAGGUCCUAGGAGACCCUGAAGUUCGCGAGAAACAGCGAAGUCGUGAGAGCAUAAACUCUGACACGGUGAAGUACGAGAGCGGCCCAGACGGAGGAGAGGAAGUGAGUAUGAGCGUGGAGUGGAACGGGGACGGCUCAGGAUCGCUGAAGCGUAGCGGUUCCUUUAGCAAACUACGAGCCUCUAUUCGACGCAGCAGUGAGAAACUGGUCCGCAAGCUCAAGGGAGGCGGCUUACGGGAAAAUGAACCUAAAAAUCCUGGUAUGAAGAGGGCCAGUUCUCUUGGAGUUCUCAACAUGCCGGAAAAACCUGCUGGAGAACUCGAAGAACGAAAUAAUCGUCUAAGGAAGGGACGAGACCUGAGUUCCAGUCAGACUGACCUGGCACAUUGAAGGUCUGUUUUCGGACAUCUGAUGAAGAGAGGUACUGCGAGAUCUCUGAGAUGGGUUGACUCGCAAUCCAGCCCUUAACUGUGUUCAUACUGAACUAUCUUUGGAGGUUUUUCUACCUUCUCCUUUUGCUUUCAAGGCUUUGUUUAAAGUCUCUAAAGCUUUUAGAGCUAGCUGUGGAAAUGACACUGUCAAAAUGUCCUCUGACAGAACCAAAGUUCACAACAAAUUACAGUCCUGUUAGAAAUGCAUUAUGCUACCAGGCUUUGGUUGAGGUUAGACGCUCAAUUUGGAUGUUUUGCUGCUUUACAUAAAAUGUUUUGGGUACUUUAACCAUUUGUUAACCUUCAGCUCUGUUGUAUAUGAAUGAAGGGUUAUUGUAACUUAUGAGAUAGAGAUAGUGUGCAUCUCUUUAGACAUGUUUGAAUGAUGUCACUUCAUAUUCUGCCACUGACAAGCUAUAUAAUGUUUGUAUUUUGUGUAACAUCAGAGGACCAUGAUGCUUCUGUACUAAUUCCCUUGAUCAAAAGAGCUGCACACAUGUUUAUGAAGGUCAAUGUUUACAAAAAUGAUGAUUCAGUAAUGCACAUUUACAUGCUUUUGCAAAGUGGGAGGGGCCAUGCUUUAUUUAUCUUGCUCAUUAAACGUAUAGGAGAUAGUCCUUCCUCAAUGUAAAAGCAGAUUUAAAAUGGUUUACACUGCAUAGGAGGUCAACGUCUGGAUGUUAAAAAACGGUGGAUGAAUGCACUUUGAACAAUCUCAUAGGAUGAUGUUACACUUAAAAAUCCAUUGCCUGUUACAAGACUAAAUUGAAUAUUUUACCUCAGUUUUACAAGUUGCGUUUUGGUUGAUCUGUGGUUUGGUGGAUGAAUAUUUUUUAGACUAGAUUAUAUCAGAAUAUACAAAUAACGUCGAAUUAAAUCAAAUUAUUACAAUUUAAAAACAAUGACUCCAGGAGACCAGUUUUGUCUUUUGCAUUUAUCAUAUCAGUACAUGAUCAUUUAAAAGCACUGGAAUUUAUUUUCUAUUGCCAGAUGUUUUAACUACCAACUAUCCGUGUUUGAAAGUGAGCAUGCAAUGUAAGUUGGUUAGCUGGUUUUAAGUGUGUGUGACCUAACAAACUGAUCUUUGUAAGGUUGUAAUGUUCACCAAGUGGCCGAAGUUAGAAACCCAAUGUGUAUCAGUAUAUAAACGUAUAGGAUUUUGGGUAAUAUAUGGCACUGAUGCAGCUUUCUAGCUCUAUAGCAAUGACCUACUUCAUAAUUAAUGAAUUUCGUGUAAAUUGUCUGCAUCAGGCUUCAUUGUGGCAAUAUACAAUAGGGUAGCUGCUAUGUGUUUAGGUAUUGGGAUGGUAUUGAUCUUGCAUGUAAUGUUUUACUGACAAAAGCUGGAAUAUCUGAUUGGCUUGUGUGUGUCAAUGUACAUUUUUGUACAAAUAUAUUCAGAUGUUUAUGCCACUAAUUUGAGCUUUGCUAUGCUUUUGGGACUAAAUGUGCCCUGCACAUGCUCUAAUUUUUAAGAACUAUUCUGCAAUAUUUUACUUUUUGGCUGUUGAUCAGUUUGUAUAAAAAAAUUUUCAUUACGAUUGCUGUUGGUUUGUUAAAUGGGGUUAUUGACAUGGUAUUUAAUGCUCAAUUCAUAUGCAGUUAUAGUGCAUGUUUUCUUUUUAAAUUCAAUAGUUUGUUACUUACUUAAGACACGGAAAGAUGUCACCAAAAAUACAAAUGUAAAAUUACGGAAAAUCUAUAUGAUCAAAUACAUCCAUUUAAACUUGCGAUAUGUAACAGCAAGGGCCUUAGUGACCUGUAUGACGUAACCCUGAGAUAUUUAUUACCGUAUUUGGGUUUGUGAUGUUGCAUUUCUACUGUCUGUCUCUAUGUUCUGUCUCAUACUGUUUGUCUUUAGAAAUGUUUUGUGUUUGUGUGUACAGUAUAUCCUAAAAUUCGCACUGGACUCGAUUACCCUUCCCUGUUCUCAGGCUGCCCGCUGUGCUGGCUAAACUGCAUACAGUAAUUGUGGUGAUGUGUUUGGCUUUAUGAAUAUUGUAUGUUAUAGUGUACAUACUGUACUUGAAUAAAGACAAGAAACAUA